AUGAUUUAAGUAUUCCAAACUCUAGAUUGGAUCUUAACAAAACUUCUCGUUUCUAUUUGUGAUUAAAUCAGUUCUAGUUUAUAUAAAUUAGAAUACUAUAAUGCUUCAUUUCUAUUUAUGGAUUUAACUAAGGAAUCAAUUUAACGAACCAGUCUUUCUUUUUAUAAAUUGAUAAUUAGUUGUAUGAUUUCUGUUGUGCUCAUUGUAGAAUUGCUGGCUAUUUUGAAUAGUUAAUUUCUUUGCAUUGGUAAAAAUUAUUUUCUUUAACUGAAAAUUGGGAAAUAUAACUAUUUACAUGUCUUAAUACUUGCAAUUUUUAGUAAUAAUAACCUUGAAUUUUUAUAUAUUUUUUCACAAGUUUCUAUAAAAAUUUACGAGGCUCAGAAUAAUUCAAUAAUGUUUGGGAUUCUAUUUAAAUUCUUCUCUGCUCCACCUUUAAGAUCUUGUAUUGUAUUUUUUACAUCAAAUACAUUCGAUCAUUACUCGACAUUGAAUUUAUCUAAGCUUCCAAAAUUUAAAGGUGAAAUAUAAUUCAUUAUAUUAUUUAUUAAUAUUUCUGAAUAUAAAUUACAAUAAGCACUCCAAGAUUCUUUAGAAUAAAGUCUAAUCUAAAUUCACGUACUAUUGAUUAUAUAUACCCAAUAUAAAUUUAACUUUUAAUUAACAUUUAAUAUUUUGUAAACAUAAUAACUAAUGCAAGGAGAAUAUCCAGAAAGAGCCCAGCCUUUAGCUAACGAAGAAGUAGAACCUUAAAUUUCUAGAACUUGCAUAAUAAGCAGCUGCCUUAAAAUAAUUAAAAAAAAAGGAGCCAAUGAAACUACCCAAAACAUUAAAUAGAGGUAUUGCAGAGUUGGUUAUAAUUGGCUUGCUGAUACAACUCCAUUAAGAAAUCGUUCUUCAUUUGCCAUUAUUAUGCGAGGGACAAGAAUGUCCCUUAUGUUUUUGUUAAGAGCAAGGUCGACUUAGGCAGAAUGUGUGGUACAAGUAGAAAUGUUGUGGCAUGCUCUAUUAUAAAGGAUAAAAACUCAAGAAUCAAUUAAAAUAUUACAUACCUUAAGGAUUUGUGCGAAAGACUCCAAAUAAAUUAAGAAGCAUGAUCAAUAUAAAAUAUGUACAUUAAACAAUGAUAUUAAUACUAUAUAACUUGUAAUACAUAGAGAUAUUUGA